AAAGCCCCUCUGUGGUUUAUAAUAAUGGCUCAGUGUUUUGUGGGUGUGUGGACGUUGCCCUCUCAGUCUGCUUCAUAAGGGGAAGUGACUGGAUUACACGCUAAUCCCAUUAUGAUGCCGCUGCCAUGUGAGGCCGGCUGCAGGGAUUAGAAAGCAAAGGGUGGAACUUCAUCAGGAGCGACUGUAACUACACACACACACGUGAACGUCUUAGAUGAGACUCUGACUACGAGGGACCUUCAUCUGUGGGCUCCAGUUUUUGUUUUUGGACCGAGCUGCAGCCGAUGCUGUGCCAAAGGUCUGUUUUGGAGGAAAGAGAGAGAGAAUGAUUAACCCGACUGGCAAAGAGGACGAGUGUGUCACUGUCAGAGGUGUCACUGUCACUGUGUGUGUGUGUGUGUGUGUGUGUGUGUGUGUGUGUGUGUGUGUGUGUGUGUGUGUGUGUGUGUGUGUGUGUGUGUGUGUGUGUGUGUGUGUGUGUGUGUGUGUGUGUGACAGGAGGUGAAGGUCUGGAUGAGGGACAGACAUCUCACUCUCAACAAACACAGCAGAACAUCUGAGCGAGACCCAGUCGAGUGUCAGCGAGACAAUGUGCAGGAACACCGGCUGUGACCGUGUCCAGUGUCCUGCACCCUGAGCAGCCGAGUAGCUUCUGCAGCAGCAUAUAUGAAACACUAAGGAUUGUAUUUCCUCCUGAAUAGCACAUGAUCUGAAAGUGAUUGUUGGCUCCAAAGCAGCCGGUCGAGUAAGAGACAUUUAAAAAGCAGCAGCAGCAGCAGCAGCAGCGACUAUGUCUGAGGAAACAGUCAGAGUCUGAAACAGCCAGAGAAAGAAAAGUAGAGUUUCUCUCCCACUGAAGAAGCAGGAGCAGUUUCUUCAGAAGUGGUGAGUCUGCUCAGGCUGCAGCCUCCACUGGAUCUUCAUCAUCGUUCUCCUCCUCCUCCUCAUCAUCCUCCUGCAACUUCAGCUGCUGCAGCUCGUCCACAACCUGCUGCCGACUCAGUCAUCGUCAUGGCGUCAGCAGCUCUGGAGCUGAUGGGCUUCUUCCUGGGCCUGCUGGGUUUGCUGGGAACCCUGGUCGCCACGGUGCUUCCGUACUGGCAGAUCUCCGCCCACAUCGGCUCCAACAUCGUCACGGCCGUGGCCAACAUGAGGGGCCUGUGGAUGGAGUGCGUGUAUCAGAGCACCGGGGCCUUCCAGUGCGAGACCUACAACUCCAUGCUGGCCCUGCCCUCCGACCUGCAGGCCUCCCGCGCCCUCAUGGUCAUCUCCAUCGUCCUGUCCGUCCUGGCAAUAGCAAUGGCGUCCCUGGGGAUGCAGUGCACUCUGUGCCUGGAGGGCUCUGCGGUUAAGAGCCGCGUGGCCGGUGCUGCCGGCGGCUUAUUCCUCACCGCAGGCUUCCUGGCGCUCAUACCGGUGUCGUGGACCACGCACGAGGUGGUCCAGACCUUCUACAGACCCAACGUACCCUCCAGCAUGAAGUUCGAGCUGGGAGAGUGCUUGUACGUGGGUCUGGCCUCAGCGCUCGUCUCCAUGUUGGGGGGGACGAUGCUGUGUGUGUCGUGCUGCGACGAGCAGGACGGUGGUCGUGGGAGACGAAACGCUGGAGGGUAUCCAUAUCCUGUAGGAGGCGCCAUGUCCGGCAGUGGGGUACGGACGACCUCACAGCUCUACCGCAACCCCACACUGCAGGCCGGGGGUUUGAACCUGCCCAGCAGGGGGCAGACGCUGGUGCGCAAUACCAGUGACAGCACCCACUCCAGUGCACACGUCCAGGGCGCCAAGAAGCCCGCGGCGGCAGGAUAUGACAUCACAGGAUAUGUCUGAGGUCGCGGCCACUCCAUCACACUUUGAACUGACAACUUACAUCCAAUGAUUUGUAUUUAUACAAAGUAUUUCAUCCAAUGUUGUCGUCACCAGACGUUGCCUCUUCGUCUUCUCUAAUCUGUUGGUGGAUCUUUUUAUUCUCUUGAGCUUUUUGGAACAUUUGUCAAGUAAAGAGAAGUUGUGACAUUUCAGAGGAAGAACAGAAAAGAUGAUGAACAACAACAACAACAACAACAACAACAACAACAACACAACAGGGACUGUAACUGUUUAUUAUCUCCCCGCAGCUUCUCUCAAGACUGUACCCUUAUUUUGAAAUGCGCAGGAUGUCACAUUAUUGUAUUACAUGGGUAAAAACUAAAUUGUUCAGUAGAAAAGUUAUAAAUCUUCAUCAUUUGUAUAAAAUAUAUGAAAAUAUAAAUAUAAAAGUAAAAAACAAUUGAUUAGAUAUUAUAUUUUAGGACAUUGGGUGGAUAUUUUGUUAUCCUUUAAUCAUUUAGACUCUGAAAUGCUGACACUAAGUGAAAGGAACUCAACUCUGACAUUAGUGAUGUGAACCCAGUGAAACUCUUCUCACGCUGAACUCAUUGAUCGUCAGUUUGUUCACGUGAAGUUUAACCGUUAAAAUGUAACUGAGCGUAAAUCAGAGACUGUUCAUCGUCACUGUGCCUUAAUAUCACCAAGAUGUAAAGUUUGGAUUGUAAAGGAGUUUUAUUUUUUCACUUUUCUACUUCUCUGUGGAUCAGCAUGAACACAGUGGAUGAAUUUACUGACUUGUUGUUGUUUCACAAUCAUGAAAAUCACCUUUUCUUCUGUAAUCUUUAUUGUUUUAUUCUCCUUCUUCAUAUUGUUCUUAUUGUGUCUUUCCUUUGCACAUCUCUGAUGAUUUUCAGGGAUGUUUUAACAUUUCCACGUUUCAGCUGAUUUGAGCGAAGCACCAAUAUUGUUUUUAUUAUGAUUUUAUAUUUUGGAAAUAAAUGCAAAUAUUUCUUA